CAGAGAAGCAUAAUAAGGAAUUCCGGUUACAAAGUUGAUUCACAACACAGCAAGCAUAAGAGCUGCAUCGGCCUGUUUGAAAAUGGUUGUUUCAAAUUUCAAAAUGCGCGAAUCACAGGUUGUAAGGUAUGGUGCACGUGCAGGACUUUUAUUUUAAUAUGAGCUCCCAGAGAAUCCAGGCAGUUAAAACCAAUGCAGAGAGCAGCCUGGAGAGGUUCAAGGCCUAUGCAGUCUUCCAGGAGAUAAAAAAGAAGCUGGAGGAGGAUGGAGAGUCAUUUGUGAAGAAGAUUGGGGGGGUGUUUGCCUUCAAGGUAAAGGAUGGUCCGGAUGGUGAAGAGGCKAUCUGGAUAGUGGACGUGAAGAAUGGCAAGGGYUGCGUUCACAAUGACACAGCAAAGAAAGCGGACUGCACCAUUGCCAUGUUGGAUGCAGACCUGCUGUCCUUGAUGACGGGGAAAAUGAACCCACAGACAGCGUUCUUCCAGGGCAAGCUGAAGAUCACAGGGAAUAUGGGAAUGGCCAUGAAGCUCCAGAGUUUGCAGMUGCAGCCMGGCAAAGCCAAGCUGUGAGGUAGAACCUGGGGCUACAGUCAGAGGUUACCUCCCUAGCACUAUUCUAGUAUCAGAUCUUCAUAUCCUAACCUGAACCACUAGGGGUUACAACAACAAAACUGGUCCUAGACCUGCACUAAGGGGUAACUUCUACCAUUUCUCUAGCUCAACAGCAGCCACCCCCAUCCAACUCUAGUAGUGUGAGGAGAGGAAGGACCCGCACUGUAGUAAGAGMGAAUGUGAGGAGAGAAGGAUGAGAUGGAAUAAUGGAUGAAGAGAAAGACUGUUCUCCCUUUCGCUCUCUGUGACCCCUAUGUCUUUUUCUAAUAUAUUAAUGACCAGAAAA